AAUGAAAAUCAGCAAUGAAACACUUUGGAAAUAUUUAGAAAAAAGAAAAGCCCAAACCACAGCUCCAGAAAUUCAACAAGAGGAACUACAGGUACCAACAUACUCAACCUUAGAAAUUGAUCAAGAAGCAAUACCUCUUCAAAACUAUCCAACAUUUCCAAAGGAAGGUAACAGAGUCAUUGUGAUCAGUCUCAGACCUUUUGUUGAAGCAAGGUCUUAA